CCCUUUCAGCCAAUAGGAUUCAGGUAAACAUUGUCCUUGAUAUGUAGCUGUCAGGCGAACGGAGUAGUUUCGUUUAAUAAUUUUCGAUUUUUUUACAUUUAGGUAAAUCAUGUCGGUUAAACAUGCUCUCAAUCGUGGGCUGGAGUUGGGCAGGUCGCUUUUCCAGCUUGGAAUCCUAAAACCUGCGGGCCGAAUUGCAGCUAAGUUUCGAGGUGAGCGCCUGCGGGUGAGUCAACCAGGCCGCACCGUCCAGCCUCGGACUUUCCUGCCUGCGCGCUACCGGUAUUACCGCACGUCCCUCAGCGGCCUCGCGGCGCAGCUCCAGUCCGCCGGCUUCAGGAGGCUGAUCGGAGGCGGCUCUCCGAGAAACAGGGCCGUUUUUCUGGCUUUCGGUGUCGGUUUGGGUUUGAUCGAUCAGCAGCUGGACGAAGACCGAAGGAGCGCAGCGACAUGCCAAGAAAUCCAGGCGUUAUUCAUGAAGAAGAAGUUUCAGAGCUCUGUAAAACCAUUCUCCUCUGGAUAUAAACUGGAGGACUAUGUGAUUGGGAAGCAGAUAGGAAAAGGCUGCAACGCCGCUGUGUACGAGGCUGCGGCUUCGUUUGCACCCCUCACAGCAAACAGCAAGUGCUCCCUGGUGGAGCUGAAACAAAAUGAAGAAGAAAGUGACGUCAGAGCACCUGUAAAAUUCCCCAGUGCACACAGCUACCCCCUGGCUGUGAAAAUGAUGUGGAAUAUUGGGGCAGGUUCUUCUAGCGAGGCGAUCCUUAAUGCCAUGUCCAAUGAGCUGGUCCCUGCGAGUCCUCAGGCUUUGAAGAAGGAAAAAGGAGAGCUUGUCCUGAGUGGUCAUUUUGGAAAAGCGCCCAAGAGAGUGACGGCCCACCCCAACGUGAUCCGAGUGUACCGGGCCUUCACGGCUGAGGUGCCGCUUCUACCUGAUGCUUUGGAUGAGUACCCUGCUGCGCUGCCUGCCAGACUCAACCCCGCCGGCCUGGGCAACAACCACACACUCUUCCUGGUCAUGAAGUAUUACCCGUGUACCCUGCGCCAGUACCUGCAGGUGUGUGUGCCCGGCUCCAGACACGGCUCCAUGAUGCUUCUGCAGUUGCUGGAGGGUGUGGAUCACCUGUGCAGGCAGGGCAUCGCCCACAGAGACCUCAAAUCCGAUAACAUCCUCCUGGAGUUUGAUUCCACGGGCUGCCCCAGGCUGGUCAUCACCGACUUUGGCUGCUGCCUGGCAGAAGAAGGUUUAGGACUGAAACUGCCCUUCACCAGCCGCUAUGUGUACAGAGGAGGGAACUCCUGCCUCAUGGCACCUGAGGUGGCCACAGCCGAGCCUGGCCCCGGUGUGGAGAUUGAUUACAGUAAGGCAGAUGCGUGGGCAGUGGGAGCCAUCGGCUACGAGAUCUUCGGUCAACCGAACCCGUUUUAUAGCAGCACAGGCUUGGAAAGCCGCAGCUAUCAUGAGAAACAGCUGCCCCAUCUGGGUGCCAACAUGCCCUCACACGUGCAGCUGGUGGUGAGGCUGCUUCUGCGCCGGAACCCUAACAAGCGCCCCUCUGCACGUGUGGCUGCCAACAUCCUGCACCUCAGCCUGUGGGGCAAACGAGCACUAGCCAGCCUGAACCCUGCCAGCAUGGGGAAGAUGGCCGACUGGCUGCUGUGUCACUCAGCUGUGGUUCUCCUUAAAGGCUGUGGGGGUAGUGCCUCAGUGGAGGCCGAGCUCCAGAGAGGAUUCCUCGCCAGCCUGGAUCUGGAGGAGCUCCGCAUGGCAGCGGGAUACCUCCUGUACGGACGACAGCUGUGGCCGAGCGUUAGCGUCUGAACUCCAUUGUGAGAAGCUGUUGUAGGAGUGUUUAUCCUGAGAAAAGCACAGAGACUGUAGUUUCCUGAGUUAACACUGUGGAUGCAAUGCAGUCUGAGUCUGUUUUUCUGGUUGUGUUGAAGUAAUGGCACUUUAUGUACAUGCACUUUUCCCUGCUCUCCGUUUCCUGUUUGACGUUGUCUCCACGUAGGAUGUGAAUAAACCGUGUGGAAAUACGCAUAUCAGCAAUGUAUUAGUAAUUUCUAGGUAAUUGCAAAAGUUUUUUUCUUGGCAAAACAUCCUGUGAAAUAAACAAACUCCACCCUUUUAAA